AUGAUGAUGCAAGAAAAAUUACUUGUUGAACAACAAAAUAUUUGUUUCGAAAAUAUGCUUGCUAGUCGUGUUAAACUUGAUCGAGAUUGUAAUAUACUUGGUGAAGUUAUUUUACUUGAAUAUGCUGAAUUAAAUAUAUUAAUUAAUCGUUUACUUUAUCCAGAAAAAGUUACAACUGAAUCAAGAGUUUCAAUUAAAUUUCAAUUAGUAAAAGAUGAUCAUUCAUGUCUUAUGGGAAUUUUAAUGGAAAAUAUUCAUGACCAAAUACCUGAAGAUUUUCAAAAUGAACAAUAUCGUUAUAGACAAGAAGCACAAGAAAAAGAAAAAUUAAGAGCUGCUAUUAUUAAGAAACAAAUAGAUUUUACUGAAGUAUUACCAACAUUUAAACUUCAAGCCGAAAUCAAAAAAUUGGCAUUGACACUUUAUUUUGGAGAAUCCGACUUGGCUACUACAACUACUCAAAAUAUUGAUAUAGAGGUUGAAACUCGAAUAGAUAUUAGUGUGAAAAAUCCUGGAAUCAUUUUACUUGAAGGUCAACAUAGUUCAAAUUCAAAUUGUCUUGUAUUUGACUUAGCUUUACAAUUACGUAUGAUUAAUAUUAAUAAUAAUACACAAUUAUACAUCUUGUUAAAAAAUUUAACAGUUUAUAGUUCAAAUUUUGCUAACUUAAAAGAUUCAAAUAAUUCUCGAUCAAAAAUUAAAUAUCGUAUUUUACAACCAACUAAAACUGAUAUAUAUUUAAUGAUGAAUAAUGAACAACAAAAAAUGGAUGUACAAAUAUCGAAUAUUAUUGUUAAUAUUGCGCCAACUACCAUUCAAACUAUUAUUGGUGUUAUAAGUUCAUUAGGAACAUUACAAUUAAUUCUAACAUUGAAAACAAUUGAAGUUAAACUUGAAGUUGGAUUAGGUUCAGUAACAAAAGCUGUUGUAACUCUAUGUUUAUCAAAUUUAACUACUGAUAUAAGUCUUGUAUCAACAAUAAAUAUUGAAGUAGUAUUAUUCAAUGAAAAUAUACUUAGUUGGGAAUCGCUUAUUAAACCAGCAAUUACUUUUGAAAGUGCACAUAAUCCACCAUGGUGUAUUACAUGCUCAACUUUACCCUUUGCUACUGAUUCAUCAUUACAAUCAAUUACUCUUCAAACACAUGAAUCGAUUCCAUUAAAUAGAUCUAAUAUACAUCAAACAGUUGGAAGAUUUUCAAUAAUUGAUGAACAAAAUUUUAAACGACGACAAAAAUUUUCUGUUAAAAUAAAUAAUUAA